AUGGCCAUCAACACUUCAGUUAAUACCUUCUUGAAACAGGAGUCGAGUCGCCUCGGCCUCAAUCUGUCUGCGAGUGACCGAGUUGAGAUUAUAGUGACACUUGGUGAUUUUGAACAGUGCAUCUCUCCAAAUUCGCAAGUCAAUUGUCAUUUGUUUCAAGUCAAUUGUGAUCCUUUGUCAAGAACAGGAUUAUUGCAGAUAGGAGACGAUGUCGCCGGGGCGUCAGAUACGUGGAGUCGCGUCGUACGCACAAUCAAUCAAUUCGCUUCCGAAGCUUGGGCCAACGAACCUGGAACGUUUGCAGACCUUGAUUUAUUAAAAGUUGGACAAGGUGGUUUGACAAGGAUUGAGGUUAUCACUCAGUUUACUUUUUGGGCCGCAGCGAAGUGA